AAGAUGAACCUUGAACCGGAAAUAUUUUACAGCCUCGAAUUGACGACAACCAGCUGUCGAUUGUCAUUCUGUCACUAGGAGAAUUUUCCCUGGAAAGGAGUAUUUUCUCAUGUUACUCGUGUAGGUGAUGGAGAAAUCGAAGAGUAACGAUCAACCCCGCUGCCCGUGUGGAUUUUGGGGAUCUUCCAGUACACUAGGACUUUGUUCACAAUGUUAUAAAUCACACAUAGAGAAAACCAAUGAUGCCCUACAAAGCACACCAGAUCACCUAAUUUCUCCAGAAACUGCAAGACAAAUGAAACAAAGUGGACACAGUCAUAUGGAGGGUGCAAAACAAAACAGCCAUAGCAUCAGUUUGGAGGGAGGUAAAAACAGCAGCAGCAGCACUCUUAGUGACGGCCAAUCACAGCCAAGUUCUUCCAAACAAUUAACUUGUGAGAGUGUUAAAGACUCUAGUGUUUCUAAUGAAGCAAAGGAUUCUGAACAAAGUCCUGAAAACCCUGCCCCUAAAACAGAAUCAACCCCAUCCUCGUCUUCCUGUUCACCUGCUCCAGAACCCCCCGAGAAAAAAGGAGUCAAACGUGAUAUAUCACAAGUUGACGUAGAAUCGGAGACACCCGAGUCAUCACCAGAAAAGGGACAGAAAAACAGGAAGCGAUGUUAUCAGUGUAAAUGUAAACUAGAGCUGGCCCAGCGGCAGAUUGGCAGGUGUAAAUGUGAUUAUGUUUUCUGCUCUCUGCAUCGACUGCCAGAACUUCACAACUGUGACUUCGAUCACAAGGAGGACGGUCGGCGAGAAGCCAGAGAAAAAAUGGUGAAACCUACGAGACACUUAGGGACCUCAUUCCAGCGUCUUGACCCCGAUUCCUGAGCUCAAAGGCCCCACCCACUUCCGGCAGUUACCAAUGAGUUUUGUUUAUGUUUGAAUUUGAAUCCAUGGGCUGCCAUAACAACAGGACAGUCUUAGGCUUUGAUUUUAAACAAAUAUGCAAACAGAUUUGAUAGAACUUUCAUAAAGCUAAAGAAAGUUAUUAAGGUAAUGUAUGGCCAGUUUUCUGCGGGGGAUGUGUUUGUUGCUAUGUAGACUUCAUUGCAAAUUCAGCAAUAAUGGAACGGUUGAUGAGAGAAACUGCUCUCUGUAUGGAGAAAUUAUUUACACAUUUUUUAUACAUAGUGCUGCCAAUGUUAUUUCAGUCUUGUCUUUUACACAUGUUAAAUGAAUUACACCAAAGUAUAGAAUGACUUCACACUUUUAAACCAUGCUGAUUUUUCUGUUUUACUGCAUUAUUCAGUUUUAAUAUCCUCUAGUGAAAACUCCUUAGAAAUAUCGUUGCAGUGUGUCUGAAAUGAAACCCAGACUCUGAUGAUGACAUUAUUCUGUGUGGUGAUUGCUCAACAUGUGAGUUAUUGUGAUACAGAUUAUCUGAUGUUAUGAUAAUGUCAUCAUACAGUAACACUCGUAUAUGGUGCACCUCAUUAUAGUGACUAUCUGCCAGUAACAUAGUUACCUAAGCCUCCACUCAUUGCUACACACUCAAUAAAUACAGCGAGAUUAGGAAAUAGCACUGAUUGAUUAAUACACUCGCACACACUCUCCUUUUUGUGUAAUAAUAGAUUAUGAUAAUUUUUGUAAAUAUGUGACUUUCCAGUCAAUUUGUUUCAGGUAUCUCCCUCCAGGUUCACUAUAGCUAUUGUUUGCAGUAUUUUAAAAUCCAUUUAUUUCAUUAACUAUAUGUGAGGUCUCAUUAAUUUUUCUCAUGAAUUGUAAUAGCAUGUCUGAAAUGUAAAUGUUCUAAAAGUUCAACAAUAUCAUAAUGUAGUUUUAUAUUGCAACUGUUCUGUGUAUGUAUGCCAGGGCUAAAAGCUGAAACACAGCUAAAGCCAUGUUAAAUAAAGGUCAAAUAAAAAUCUGGACAAAACAAAGCCAGUGAUAAUACUUAGUGUCCUACUUCAUGAUUCUGCAUUUGUUUUCUGUGAGCAGACAAAGUUGGUAUGAAAUAUCAGCUGAAGUUUCUUAUAAAUCAUUUUGUGUACAAGUAGAUUUUGUUUAUUUCUACAUAUCAUAUUGUGCACAUACACCCAUGCAUUUCUUAAGCAGUCAUAAUUUCAUUUACAGGUUAUAUUAUUAUCUUGAAUAAUUUCAAAGCAAUAUACCUUGUCAAUCUUUGAAAGUUUUAUUUACCUCUGUAGAAUUUUCUCAGAAAGAGAUAUUUAUCCUUUAGAGAACCACCCCUUUGUUGGAAGUCUGAAUCAAAAAAUGAUAGAAUAUAACUUCAUUGAUUUUAUUACGUAGCACUGCACCAAAUUCGGUGAUGCUCCUAGCUUCAUUUUUGGGACUUGUUCUAUUUCAGACUUCCAGGAGGGGUAGAUAACUGAGUAAUGUUGUACAUCAGGAGUUGUCUGUGAGCUAGUGAUUUAAAUGUGUGCAUGCGUGAUUUCAGACUUUGAAUACAUGAUAUGUCAUUAAUAAAGAUAAACUUUAUACAAUA